ACUUAAUUAGCAUAUAAACUGUAUCAAAUUAAGUCUUCUUACUAAAAACUAAUCUAAAUUUGCUCUCAAGAGUUUGCGUUUCUUGCACUUACAAGAUGGCUAGCGAAACUAUAGCAACGACCCGACUCAGUCUGCGCCCACCAACCUCCGGAAAUCUCAUGACAAUCCUUAAUAUUGAUGGCGGAGGCAUACGAGGUAUCAUCCCCGGUGUCAUUCUCCAGUACCUUGAAUCAGAACUUCAGGCGUUAGAUGGCGAGGAGGCGAGGCUAGCCGAUUACUUUGAUGUUGUUUCGGGAACUAGCACUGGUGGUCUAAUCACAGUCAUGCUAACAGCCCCAAAUGAGAACAAUAGACCUUUGUACGCUGCUAAAGACAUUGUUCCAUUUUAUGUUGAGAAUUGUCCCAAAAUUUUCCCACAAGUUGGAGGGCCAUUUGCUGGAAUUAUAAAGUUGUUGAAGACAUUGGUAGGACCAAAAUACAACGGGAAGUACCUUCAAAACCUUGUGAAGAGCUUACUAGGAACCACAAAGUUGAGUCAGACAUUGACUAACGUUGUAAUCCCUACUUUUGACAUCAGGGAUAUGCAACCUGUAAUCUUUAGCUCCUUUCAGGUUCCAAGGGAGCCAAGCAUGGAUGCGCAAUUAUCGGACAUCUGCAUCGGGACAUCAGCGGCACCUACUUACCUCCCGGCUUAUUAUUUUCAAAACGGUGAUAGGGAGUUUAACCUUAUUGACGGUGGCAUUGCUGCUAAUAAUCCGUCUUUGGUUGCAGUAGGGGAAGUGACAAGGCAAAUUCUGAAAGAGGAUCCAAACUUCCCUGCAAUCUCGCCCUUCGAAUAUGAUCGAUACCUCUUGAUAUCAAUUGGGACGGGCACGCAGAAGCAGACACCGAAAUUUGAUGCGAAAAUGGCUGCCAAAUGGGGAGUAAUCGGGUGGUUGACUAACCAAGGUUCAGCCCCGUUGAUAGAAGCUUUCACGGAAGCAAGUGCAGAUUUAGUUGUUAUGCACAACAACAUUGUUUUUGAAGCCCUCAAUUCUGUUGAUAACUAUCUUCGCAUUCAGGACGAUGCAUUGACUGGGGACUUGGCUUCGGUGGACGUAGCAACAAAGGAAAAUUUGGAUGGUUUACUGAAAGUCGGAGAAGCAUUACUAGAUAACCCGGUUUCCCGAGUAAAUACUGAUACCGGAAUGGUUGAAUCGGUCCCAAAUGGUGGUACCAAUCGUGAGGCAUUGAAAAGGUUUGCCCAACGACUCUCAGACGAACGUAAAUUAAGGGAGGUAAAUUAUUCUAGUGGGCAAAUGAUUAUGUGAAUUCUUAUUUUGUUUGUUUUUAUGAAAUUAUAUAUUAUUUUAAAUUCAAUAUUGUGAUGAAUAUUUAAUUUAUUUCUAUUGUGUAUUAUAUUAGUGUGUCAAAUUGAUCUUUUUAA